GGAUAAUUAUGAACUAUACAAACACGUGCAAUCUGUAUAUAUAAAGCAGUGAAAAAUCAAACGUUCACUAUCAACUACAGUCCCUGUCUUUGGUGAAACCAUGAUGUCGUCUGUAGUGCUAUUCGUGAGUCUCUGCAUGGUCCUGAUGGAGGUUAUCACAUCAUCACAACUAAAAGCUAAGGAUAAUGAAAUGUUCGCCUUCCUAGAUGGACAAUCAGGAGACGGGCCGCCUGGUAAACGAGAUGUGAGUUUUGAUGGGCAAUCAGGAGACGGGCCGCCUGGUAAAAGAGAUGUGAGUUUUGAUGGGCAAUCAGGAGACGGGCCGCCUGGUAAAAGAGAUGUGAGUUUUGAAAUAGUUAACGACGAGGGCAGACUGGUGCACGGAGAAGAUUGUUUGCAUCCGUCAUUGUGUAGAAGACGUUAGUACUGUAGCAGCUCAAGAUUGGCCUUGGGUCGCAGCUCUAAGCCCAUCUUCUGCUUGUUUGUACUUUGCCUUGUUUCAUGAAAUUUGUGAAUAAUUCUAU